AUGUCGACCAUACCUCUAGAGCAGAUUCCAACUCUGACCCUCCUAUACAAGCUCAAAAAGCUACAAGCUUCGUCCGAUCCGGUCGAUGCGAAUGCGACUUCGCGCUUCAACGACAAGAUUUCCCUCAUUCGCAACGACAUCACCAAGCUCGAAGUUGAUGCGAUCGUUAAUGCAGCUAACGAGUCUCUUCUUGGAGGUGGUGGAGUUGAUGGUGCCAUACAUCGAGCCGCCGGUCCAGAACUGCUAGAAGAGUGCGAAACAUUAGAUGGGUGCGAUACAGGGUCGGCCAAGAUCACGGGUGCCUACGAGCUUCCAUGCAAGAGAGUCAUUCACGCCGUCGGACCGGUGUAUUGGAGGACGAAAAACCAGGGCAAGCACACGAGUCUCUUACAAGGAUGUUACACAACGAGCCUUGAUCUUGCUGCUGCCAAGAGUUGCAAGAGUAUCGCCUUCAGCGCUCUGAGCACAGGUGUUUAUGGUUAUCCGAGCGACGAGGCUGCGGAGACGGCCAUCCAGGCAGUCAAGGGCUGGCUAGAAGCUGAUGAGGCUCGAGCGGACAAGAUCGAGAGAGUCAUCUUCUGCCAGUUCAUGCAGAAGGACGUUGAUGCGUACGACGAGUACAUUCCAAAAUACUUUCCGCCAUCGGAGACUGCAGCCGAAGAAGCUGAUGAGUCUGGCGAAGCCGAGACAGCACGACCAGAUGGCGAAGCAACGGAAAAGGAUGACAGCGCAAUUCCAGACUUGCCUGAUGUGCCGACCAAGGAGCCAAAGCAGCCAGACGAGCCAGAGCCUAAGAAGCAGAAGCUCGACGAGACUGCCAAGGGUUGA